AGCCUUUUCCCUGCCGCAAUUUACAGCGACCUGUGAAGGAGGCCCGGGGGAAUUGGCAGCGGCGCCCCGUCGGGGAGAAGCGAGCGGACGGGACGCGGGGCGACGAGUGGGGGGCGGGUUGGACCUGUGGAGCCGGCCGCUGCCUCUCUUUUUCCCAAACGGAGCAAGAGAGAAGAGGAGGGGCAAAGACUAGUCGUGUGAGUUCAGGCCGGUCAAGACGGGGGGGAAACUCCAAAAGCCUUUGAGGCAACUGAAGCCACCGAGGAGGGGAGGGGGGGCAGAGAGAGAGAGAGAGAGAGAGAAAGAGGCGGGGAGGCUUGGUCUUCCACCGAGAGCGCCAUCCUUCCUCUAUUGAUCAGAAACUCCUGGGCGCCCAACAUGAAACUUCAGUGAAGGAGUUCUGUGAAGUAGGAACAAACUUUCUUCCCCCCAACCCGCCAGCAGCUUUGUCUGUCGCGUGCCAACAUGAAAGACGACUUUGCAGAAGAGGAGGAGGUUCAGUCCUUUGGCUACAAGCGGUUUGGUAUUCAAGAAGGAACACAAUGCACCAAGUGUAAAAAUAACUGGGCUCUGAAGUUUUCCAUCAUACUGUUGUAUAUAGUAUGUGCCUUCCUAACAAUAACAGUAACUAUUCUGGGGUGCAAAGUGGUAGAAAAAAUGAACAAUGUUACUGGUGGCAUGGAAGAUUCACAAGACACAUACAUCAAGAAACUCUCAGCAGUGGAGAGUGGCCUCAAGAUACUGGGUCACCAAGCUGGAGAGAAAGCCAUAAGCACCAACACAGAGCUUUCAAACUUUAGAGCUGACAUACUGGCUCUCCGCCAACAGCUUCAUGAGAUAUCAGAGAAAACUGAAAAGAACAAAGAUACACUGGAAAAGUUACAAGAAUCUGGUGAUGUGUUGGAUGAUCGGCAGAACCAAAUGAAAGGUGUGUUGGACAGCAACUCUUUCAUGAUCAUGAGUGUCAACAAAACUCUUCAAGCCUACAAUGGCUACAUCAGUGACCUUCAGGAAGAUACAAGCAACAUUCAAACCAAUUUGCAAAGCCAAAUGCACUCCCAUAAUGUAGUCAUUAUGAAUCUAAAUAAUCUCAAUCAGACACAGGUUCAACAAAGAGAUCUUAUCAGUGCUUUGCAGAGGUCUGUGGAUGAUACAAGUCAAGCUAUCCAAAGAAUCAAGAGUGAUUUUCAAAAUCUUCAGCAGGUUGCCCUCCAAGCACGAAAGGACACUGAUUGGCUUAAAGAGAAAGUGCUCAGUUUGCAAGCAUUAGCAGCCAAUAACUCAGUUUUAGCCAAAGCUAAUAAUGAUACACUUGAGGAUAUGAGCAGUCAGCUUAGCUCAUUCAGUGGGCAGAUGGAGAAUAUCACCAGUAUUGCUCAAGCCAACGAACAGAGUUUGAAGGAACUCCAAGAACAACAUAAAGAAUAUGAAAAUGGAACAUCUGCCAAAUUUAACCAGCAAGAAAGCCGUUUUCAAAACUUUGAAACAGAUAUUGUUAAUAUUAUUAGUAACAUUAGCUACACUGCCCAUCAUUUGCGGACACUGACCAGCAAUCUCAAUGAUGUCAGGACAACCUGCACAGAUACUCUUAGUAAACACACAGAUGAACUAAUGUAUAUAAACAACACACUAGCAAAUAUUAACCUGGAUGCCACUUCCCUUAGGAUGCAACAGGAUGUGAUGAGGACAAGACUAGAUAUUGAAGUAGCCAAUUUAUCACUAGUUAUGGAAGAAAUGAAACUGGUUGAUUCUAAACAUGGCCAACUCAUUAAAAACUUUACAAUAUUGCAAGGCCCUCCAGGUCCAAGAGGCCCCAAAGGUGAUAGAGGGCCCCAAGGUCCUAUUGGUCUUACUGGAGCCAAAGGACAAAAAGGAGAAAAAGGUGAACCAGGACCACCUGGACCUCAAGGUGAAAAGGGACCAAAUGGACCAGCUGGACCACCAGGUGAAAGAGGUGGGAAAGGUUCCAGAGGUUCAACUGGAUCCAAAGGUCAAAGAGGUUCACCUGGGAAGCCUGGUCCACCAGGACCUAGUGGAGACCCAGGGCUACCUGGACCACCAGGCAAAGAUGGACCCCCAGGCCCACAAGGCCCACCAGGACCCCAGGGUCUACAAGGAAUUGUUGGCGAGCCAGGAAUACCUGGUCCUCGUGGGCUGCCUGGCCUGCCUGGCGCACCUGGAUUGCGUGGUCUGCAGGGCCAACCUGGACCCCCCGGACCACCAGGUCCAGGAAUACCAGUGGCCCUUCAAAGUGAGGCUAACGGUUGUCCUGUUUCCUGGAAGAAUUUUUCAGGCAAUUGUUACUACUUUUCAAUGGAAAGAGCAAUUUUUGAAGAUGCCAGGCUUUUCUGUGAAGAGAAAUCAUCACAUUUAGUUUUCAUAAAUAGUAAAGAAGAGCAGGAAUGGCUCAAAAAGCAGGUGAUUGCAAAAGGCAGCUUCUGGAUUGGCCUCACAGACUCAGUAAAGGAAAAUGAAUGGCGAUGGCUGAAUGGAACCUUACCAGAAUACACAAACUGGAGUGCUGGACAGCCGGAUAACUGGAAUCAUGGCCACGGACCAGGGGAAGAUUGUGCUGGAUUAAUCCAUGCUGGGCUCUGGAAUGACUUCUACUGUGAAGAUGUUAACAGUUUUAUUUGUGAACAAGAGACGGACAAAGCUCAGCCCCCAGGAUUGUAACUACAAAGUGCAAGAGACAGAGAUUUUCUUUAUGGUGAAAUAUCCUCUGGGACUGAAUCGUCACCCAGCCAAAGAGGAAGCACUGAGAACCGUGAUGAACCAAUGUCUUUAGCACAAUUUGUCCUUCAAAACCUUUUAAUUUUUCAGGGGCUUUCAACCUGCUGCACAAAAGUGUUGAUUGUUAAUUGCAGUUAAGACUGAAUCAUCUGUAGAUCCUCAGACAUACAACAUAUGAAUACUGAAGAUUUAUUCUUAUAGAAACUGGAUUAUGACAAGCUGACUACAAAGCAUGGCCUUUCCACUAUAGGAGUAAAAACUAAAAAUACAAAGCUGUUGUUUAAACACAACAGCUAAGAUCACAAAUAUCAGCAAAUUAUAUGAAUAUACAUUUAUAAAUAUAUAAAAAUUUUAUAUAAAAAUAUAUAUAGUCCAACUCUGAUCAAUAAUAUAGAAUAUACUUUUUAAAGCUUUUAAAAUUUUUGUAUUUUUGUACAAAAUAUUUGCCAAUUACAUUGAUUUUUAAUUGCGUUUUUAUAUAAAUAUAGACACAGAAGCCAAAGGAAGUAGCAGUGAUACUACUUAUGAUUCACUAGAAAUUAUUGUCAUGUAUAAGGCUGAUUAGCUAUAAAAAAAAUAUGUUUUGAAUUUAUAUAUUUCCCAGGUAAAUUGCCCAAUCUAACAAUUUUUGAAGCUGAUUUUUGGUGACAUUUGCAAUAUUUCAUGAAAGAGUAUAGAGCAUGUUAUGAUCCCAGUGACAGAUACACAGCAGACCUCAAAUCUUUUUCUCUUCUGAAUUGAAUCCCACCGAAUGCAGUGGGAUAAGUCAGAAUUAGCAGAGUUUAAUUCACAUAGGGUUCGAAACAUAGCAGCCCUAUCCCUAGAAACAGCUGAUAGCCAAGGAAUAGGGAUUAUGUUUGAAGAAAGGGAACUGAACUCAAUGAUUUGUGUGCAGAUAUUCAGUUCCCUGGUAUUUCCAGUUGAAAGGAUCAGGUAGAAAACAAAGGGAAAGAAAUCUGAGACCUGUGAGCUCACAUAGGCAAUACUGGGAAUAGAAGGAUAAAUAAUCUGCCCCAAUAUAAAGCAGAUUAUAUCUUUCCUAUCUAGGUGGCUUCUGUUAAUGUAGAAACCAGCAUAGUACUGGAAACUGGAUGAUAACAUGAACAAAUAGAAGUAAAUAACCAAAAGAGAUGUUUUACACAGAUGUGCAUUAUGUUGUGCCUGAUGUCUUUGGGGUUUUAUUGAGGGAAGGGUAUUCUUGAUGUUAGCCAGAAAAUAUUUGGGAGGAGCUAGUGGACGGUGUCACUCAAAAGGGUUGCUUUACCCUUUCUCUGUGAGACACUGUCCUCCAAAUCAGUUUCUUUAAGCUGCUAUCCUUUUCUUUCAUAAGGAAAUAAAUGGCAUGAAAAACAUGAAGCACCUCCUUCCUAUGGCUGUACCUCUGUGCUUCAUCAACCACCCCAAAACUGUUUUGGGCAUAAAUUUGGACAGACAUAAGGGAAAAGUUGCACAACUGUGCAUGUUAUGUCCAGUUUGGUCCUCACACAAAUACUAUCACAAAAACUUUCUGCACCAGCAUCAAGUUGAGUGAUGUACUGUGCUUCAAAUAAACACAUUCAAAAUAAAAGGCAGAUCACACUUGUGACAUAUGUGAGUCUUAUGUGGAAUUUGUGUGUAGAAUUUACCACAUGGAUGUUUGUCUUAUUUAGCUUUAGCAGAAAUAUCUGUGAUUUUGCUAUAGGUUCUGACUUCAUGAAAGGAAUUAAUUUUGUCAUGUAGCAAGCAGAAUGAUAAAUGCACAGAAGGAAAGUCCUGCCACCUGACAAAUUCAGAAAAAGUAAAUUAUGUUACCUCCCCCCCAAAAAAGAAUACUGAACUUUAGAACCAUUGGUUCUUCUCAAUCAUCAUCAUCACCAUCUGUGGUCAAGUCAAUUCUUACCUAUGGCAACUUUUUCAGUGGUUCACUUUUCCCUUCUUUUGGGGGCAUCCUGGAACUGUGCAAUUUGCCCAAGGCCCCACAGGCUACCUCUUCUGAGAGAGAAAUCACAGUGGGGGACUCAAACUCCCAGCGUCUGGCUCCACAGCCAGAUGCCUAACUCACUGAGCUAUUCAGUCACUACUCUUCUCAAUAGCUCUGUCCAGUUAAACAGCUACUACUGAAAUUUCCCUCUACCUUUCUACCUAUAGCUUGCCUUGGCUAGCUAGAGGUAAUCAGCUACUGGGGGAAAAGGGAAAUGGAGUGAUGUAUGAAGAUACAAUUGUAGACUAUGGAGAGGGAAAGUUUGGCCUUUCAGAUAUUGUGGGGGUGCAACUCCUAUAAUCUUUCACCCUUGGUAGUGCUGGCUAGAACUGAUGGGAGUUAUAGUCCAAAGAAAGCCAGAGGGCCAUAAUUUCUUCUCCCCUGCUGUAAAUUAUCUGUUCUGUAUUUGCUUUCAGAAGGACAUUCAUUUGAGGAUUAUUUUAUUCUCUUAUAUUUACUUACCUUGCACCAUGAGUGUGUCCCUCCAGAUGUUUAUGGUCUAUACCUCUCAUCUGUCCUUGCCAUCAUAGUCAAUGAUAAGGAAUAUUGAGAGGUGUAGUCCGUCAGUGCCUGAAGGGCCACACUUCAGAUAUCUGAAAGCAUUUUCUUCUUUUUCUUUCAUCCAAAGCCAAAGAAAGACUAAAAGUUAGCUAAACCAGUUGUUUACUGCUCCAGACUACAGAGCUAAAUAUCCCAGUAGAAUGACAAUUAGCAACCAGCUACUAGUUGUGGACCACAAUAGCCAUAAUCCUGUUGAUACUCCCAACUAGAAUAGUGUUGUGGAAUCAGUGGGAUUUACGUAAGUGUUGACUCACUAAUUGACUUAAACAUUAUU